ACAGGUCGGAAUUGAAGAAAGGUAAAAGCAGAGGAGCGUUAAUAACAUCAGCGAAGUUUGCCUUCUGGAUUUAUUUAAAAGAGUCGGGGGAGCAGACGCAAUGAAUCAUUUGUGCCAAGCAAAUGUUGGGAAGUUUAAUAGAGGCACCGUCAUCGUGUUCGUCUUCGCAUUGGCUCGUUAGUUAAUUUUUGGGUUGGCAAUGGACGCUAGUGAAGAGCGCAGUAACGUGGCGUGUAUUAAAUAAAACAUUAAAAUCAUUUUCUACUAGCUUGAUUUGUUUUGCUUAAUUAUGUAUAAUGUGAUUUGCUAACAUUCAAAUAAUUUGCAAGAGUUUUUAGUGUAGUUCGAAUCGAUUCCUUUCAUAUAAAAGUCUGUGAAAAAUGCCUAUAGUAAAAGUGCACGUACGAUGGGCAGAUAAAGAGAAUAAAAGUACGAAAAAAGAAACAAAAAUACAAUUGAAACAUAUACGAAACAAGUGUAAUGAAAUUUUGUGCAUUAACAUAUAAUUAACUAAAAACACAUAGACGUACAUAAAUGAUAUAAAUUUAUAUACAUACGUAGCAAGAAUGAGGGUUCGGAAUCAACAUGAUAAUCCCCAAUUAUGUAAAUUGACUGAAAAUUAGAAUGUUGAAGAUAUUUUAAAGUCCAUUCCUUAUGGUAUUGUUUAAACGAAAAAAUUCCAAAUACCGUCCCUUUUCAAAAUUAGUGUGCCUUUUAAGUGAAAACAAACCGAGAACUCCAACCAUCUCCUAAUAUCACCAUACCUGCAUCUUGCGAAACCUCUAUGAAAAUAUUUAUGUAGCAAAUUUAUACGAAUUGACGCUUUGCUAUACGUAUUUCCCAAAUACACAAAGAAACGCAAACUUGUUUGGGAAACCGAAUUUAAACAACAAAACACCUCAAAGAUGUCGUCACUAAAGGUUGCUGUUCGUGUUCGCCCCUUCAAUACGCGUGAAAUCGAUAUGGAUGCUCAACUUAUCAUGCAAAUGGAGGGCAAAAAAACGCGUCUCCUGAAACCGAAACUACAAUCCAUCCGCGAUGUUGGACGAGACAAUCAUCAUGACUUCACAUUUGACUACUCUUACUGGUCAUUUGAUGAGCAUGACAGUCACUUUGCAACCCAAGAAGAAGUUUACAAAGAUCUGGGCACCGAUGUCAUCGAUUGCGCUUAUGAAGGCUACAAUGCAUGUGUUUUUGCCUAUGGCCAAACUGGUUCGGGCAAAACGUUCACAAUGAUGGGCACGUCUGAUAAUCCGGGCUUGAUACCGCGCAUAUGUCAAGAGUUGUUUGCGCGCAUGCGUGUCGGCCAGGAGUCGGGUACAGGCUAUAAGACACAUGCCAGCUACUUGGAGAUUUAUAAUGAACGUGUCAAGGAUCUACUCGGACCGCAUAACGUGGGACAUGGGUUGCGCGUACGUGAACAUCGCACUUUGGGGCCGUACGUCGAAAAUCUCUCUCAACAUGCGGUUUCGAAUUUCGAAGAAAUUCAGGAAUGUAUUGCGCGUGGAAAUAUUCAACGGACCACAGCCAGCACGAACAUGAACGAUACCAGCAGUCGCAGUCAUGCCAUUUUCACGAUAACUUUUGUCCAAGCUGUGUUUAUGAAUGACAUGCCAAGUGAAACCGUUUCCAAAAUCCAUUUGGUGGACUUGGCAGGAAGUGAGCGUGCGAAUGCUACUGGCGCAACUGGUCAACGCCUCAAAGAAGGCGCCCAUAUCAAUAAAUCGCUUGUGACGUUGGGUAGUGUAAUAUCUGCUUUGGCAGAGCAAACAAGUACCACUACUGCAACACUGGGCAGCAGCCCUGUUGGCACAACCAAGCGAAUUCUCUACAUUCCAUACCGUGAUUCCAUACUCACGUGGCUGUUAAAGGACAGUUUAGGUGGCAACAGCAAGACAAUCAUGAUCGCCGCACUCUCGCCAGCUGAUUGCAAUUACAGUGAAACACUGAGCACAUUGCGCUAUGCGAAUCGUGCGAAGAAUAUAAUCAACAAACCAACAAUUAACGAGGAUUCUAAUGUCAAACUGAUACGUGAAUUGCGUGAAGAGAUCACCAAACUAAAAUCCAUGCUCCACGGUGAUAUUAUCACUAUGCAGCCGUCGUUGAAAGUGUUAGAAGACCUGCAAAAGAAAGAAGCUCAAGAAAAAGUUUUAACCGAAGAGUGGACCGAAAAAUGGAAGGAGGCACAAUCCAUUCUGCAGGAACAGAAAAGUUUGGGCUUGCGAAAAUCAGGUCUUGGUGUCGUUUUGGAUUCGGAAAUGCCCCAUCUCAUUGGUAUUCAUAAUGAUGUAACGACGGGUGUAACACUAUAUAGCUUAAAGGAGGGCGAGACACUAAUCGGGACUGAGGACUCCAAUACAGCGCAGGAUAUUGAACUUAUUGGCGAUGGCAUACGUCCGCAACAUUGUAGAAUAGUUUUGCAAGAGGGUAUCGUAACUUUACAUCCCUAUCCUGGCGCACAAUGUUGGCUUAAUGCCCAUCUUAUCGAUGAGCCAACUCAUAUAUCACAAGGCGACAUUAUCUUGCUGGGACGCACUAAUAUCUUUCGUUUCAACAAUCCUGCCGAAGCAGCAAAGUUGCGUAAAGAUCUUAGUCGCUCGCAAGUGGAUAUGUCUCGUUUAUCGUUGAUAACGUCAUCGCGCGAAAAUUUGCUAACUUCAAGCUUCUACUCGGAAGAGGAUUCCAUGAACGGUAGCAUGACCACAUCACCGUUUAAGCGACCCGAACGGCAAUACUAUCCAACAAAGCCGACAUCUAGAGAUGAUCCAGAAUUGCAAGAUGAAAAUCGUAAAAUACUCGAAACUAUAGAAAAUGCUUUAAAACAGCUGAAUAUUGAGCGCGUGCAGAUGCAUGAUCAGUAUAAAUCGAAAGUACGAAAACUGACAGAUGAGCUCAAGCGCUUAGAAAUCGAGGAAAUGGAUAAGUUAGACAUAUUGCGCUGCCAAGAGCAAGAGUUGCUUGCCAGAAGAGAUAUGCUACUCUGGGAGAAAAACAAUGAAAAAGUGCAGAUUGAUAUCGUCUGUAGACAAAUUUCAGCAUUUCAAACUCAGCUCGAUUCAAAGAAACGAGACUUUUCCGAAUAUGUUGCAAAAGAAUUACAAGAAUUGGAAGACUGUGGCAAAUUAGAUGAGAUUGGCAUUAAAAUUGAAGAGUUCACCCCCUUAUCGGAUCAGCUGUUGCUACAAGUUGCGGAUUCCUUAGACCUGUUUGCAUCACAAUUUAUUAAGGAUACAAUUAAAAGAAAUAAUGACGAGAUUCGUAAACUGGACGAGAAAAUCAUGGAAAAAGAGAACAUUUUGAAUGUCAGUACAAAGCGAAUUGCUCAAGUAGAUGAGAAAAUUUUACAGAUACAACAACAAUUGGAGAAGCUACAGCAAGAACGCAAGGAGAAUGAAGCAAACUCAGGUUCAUUGCGGCAGAAAAAACUCGAAAUGAAUUUGAACUUAGCUAAAACAACUUCCCCCCCUUUGGAUGAUUCAAAUGAAACAUGUGAUACCUACCACACAGCACAAUCGGAUAUUUCACUGGGUUCGCCCACAAUUGCUGACGAUCAGAUUACUCCUCUUAGCACGCUCUCAGCGACAUCAGCAGACUUAGACGACACAAGUACCACAGAAAGGGGCAUAUCUUCCAGUAUAUCAAAUAACAGUAAUCUAUCCGAGAUUGGAGAGAUGACUAAUAGCAAUCUAACACCAAACCCAGCAUCCCCAAAAGCUAUAAUGAGCGAUAGCGGAGUAUACUUGGAUCCUGUUAGAACAACGCAACAACAAGCUAAUUACAAUGGUUUCUCCCACAGUAGAGGCAAAGAUAAUAAUAAUAGGCUCUGUGAAGGAUCCGGCUUAGCUUGUGGAAAUUCCGUUUCAAAUGGUGCUGGUGUGCGAACAUCCGAUGAGGAUAGCGCAUCGUGCUCCUCGUGCGAAAUGGGUCGCAAUUCAGAUAUACCACGCCCAUAUUGCUCCAUGCAUGCACUGAGACGUAAAAUUGCCAACCAAAAGGCCUUGAUUAUGAAAAAUCUUGAAAUGAGUGUGAGCAAGGCAGAGCUGGAUAAGCAGAUUGUAGAACUGCAAGAACUCCAGCGUAGACUUAUUGCCAUGGAAAAGGAGUUGGUCGAAUCGGCAGGUGAUUGUUUUGCUGAAAGUGAUGAAUGCAGUACAUGCUUUCGAGGAGGCGAUAACAAUGUAAACUACGAGUUAAGUCCGAACGAUUGUUUGGAUGAAUCCACCUACGUGUCCAGUAUGACACGCUCCUGCCCUUCCAUGAGAGAUUUCCCUGAAGCAGAACAUUUCAUUACUGUACCCAGCUUUGUGAUACGCGGUGCAGGAAAGCAAACGCACUAUGAAUAUGAAGUGCGCAUCGCGCUUCCCGAUGGAAAGUUAAACAUCUUAAGACGCUACAGCAGAUUUAGGGAAUUACAUUUGAGUAUGAAGCAUUGCUACGGAGCAAAGAUAAGCGCUCUACCGUUUCCACGUCGAGAGAUCUUCUCUUCCAACAGUGAAUCGGUGGCAAAACAUCGCAGACGACUGCUUGAGCUUUAUUUGCGCCGUUUGUUUGUGGUCUGCACGAAAAUACCACAGUGCCCCAUUUACGAGGGACCCGGCGGGCCGGGCCUCACCCGAGCUACACUUUCUCAGCUCUCGCCUUUUUUCAAGAAAGGUUUGUUCGAGAACGGCAAGCACGGGACGGGAUAAUAAUUACUCUACUGCUAAAUUACAUCCUGCCUAUAGUAUGCCUUUUAGUUUAUUUUUACUAUUUGUUAAGUUAUGUUUACUGUGCAAAGUGAUGAUAUGUCGCAAUUCAAUUUUGAAAUAAUCUAUCUAUAAAUAAUCGAAUACGUUCCUAGAUUUCUGUUUUGCAAAUAUUAUAUUAUUGUGCUUAGUGAAAUUUUGGGUGGAGGUCAACUCUGAAUGAUGCAUAAUUAAAUUUUAGAAUGUAUAGUAAAACUGCAUGCAAAAUGAAAAACUUUGUAUGUAUCAUCAAAUGUAAAAUAUAAGUUUUAAUAGGCAAUUAUUUGAAACAGAAGAUGUAUUUGUGUAAAUUAUGAUUAUUUCUUUAACAAUGAAAAAAAAAAAACACGAAACGGAGCAAUAAAGGGCGAAAAUGCAUAGAAUUCAAAUUUUUUCAGGCUAAGUUUAAAUUGUGGUUAAUAUAAGAAAAUGCCUUAUAGGUUAAGUACAUCACACCGAUAACUACACAGAUUUUUGUUAUUUUAUUUUACAUAUUUCUUAUUUCAUUAGCCUACGUCAAUUACACACACAUUUUACCGCCGCCAAGCCGAAUAAGAAAUAAAAAUUAUUUCAUUAUUAGGCAAAUUUUAAUUAUAAUACGGGACAUUGGUACGGUGGCUGAGGGCUGACAUUGGUGCAGUUGGUAAAUUUUGGGUUCGUAUCUUUGCUGAUAUUGGUGUGACGCAUUUAGCCCAUUAGAAACUUGAAAAAUUGCAGUUGGUUGAAAGUAGUUAAUGCAAGCAAACUACGUGCGCAAUAAAUGAGUGAACGAAACAAUAAUAUGUACAAUAUACACAUAUAUACAUAGCUGUAUAUGUAUAGAAAUAUAUGUGUAUUGUAGUGUGCAUAUAUUUAAGACAUCAUAACAGAACAAACUGUGAUUAAACUCUCGAUAUUACGGCUAAAUUGAAAUUUGCAAAUUGCAGUUGAUUUGUACAUAUGUAUGUGUGUAUAUAAAACAUUAAUUGAUCAGGCAUAUGUGAAUGCUUACACACACUUAUUCUUAUGUGUGUGCAGUUGUGUGGCGAAUAAUAAAGCAUUUAAUUCCACUAGUUUAGAUAUUAAAUAUCAGUUAAUGUACUCGUAUACGGCGACUUUGAAUUUUUCUAUAAUGGAAAGAUACAAAAACAAAAACAAUAAUAUACAAGUAUAAAUAAAUAUUUAUAAAUAUUAAAAGGUAGGCAGCAAGGAUUUAGCAGUAGAGUAAUGUAUUUUUUUUUGUAAUUAUUUUGUAUUUAUAGAAUUCAGUUGUAAAUUAAGAUACAGGACAUUUGUAUAUUGAGUAAGUUAUGUAAAAUAUUGUUAAGUUGUAUAUGUAUGUAUACAUGUUGGUACACAAUUACGAGAAGAGGGUGAGUGCUCAAAACAAACAUUUAUAAAUAUUUUCUUGCACUCUGCUAAAAAAAUCACUCCCGGCAGAGUUGUGACUAUUCAACUAUUUGAUUAUUCAAUUAUUCUUUGUGUACAGUCCCUAUUUAUAUCCCUAAUAUUAGCUUGAGCUUAUAAAUAGCAUAUAAUUGACUUUAUAAGUAUAAAGAGAUAUCAAAAAUAUAAAGAACUCAAGAACUCUCGAAAAAAUGUUCCCAAGGCUUGCGCCAUGAAAAGUAUUUUUACCAAUUAUGCAAAUUAUGGAACAUUGAUGUGUUUGUUUUUAUGUAUUGAAACGUCUACUAAGUUGUAGCUGACUUUUCGUACUCAUUUAGAGCUUUCGAAAAUAGAAUUACAAACCUACUUAGAAAGUACAAUUGAAAGAAACUUCCAUAUACCAGUUCAAACUUGUUACAUUUCAUUAGAAAUUAAAUUUUAUCAGUGAAGUGGUGAAUUAGUUUUAUAAUAAACCGUUAAAAACUAACAGCUUCAUUAUAUUCUCCAAUUUAUUAAGUCUAUUUACAACACACUUAGUUAAAAUAUAUGGUUAAAAAAUGCAUAUACAAAAACAAAAAAAAAAUAUUCUAACUAGUAAAGUGCUCAAAUACUACCUAGAGGCAUGUGUGUGGCGUGUCCUUGCUUUUUAUUCCUCUUCAUAUAUACGUAUGCGUUCCUUUGUGUGAAUAGAAAACAUUUUCAAAAUUUAAGGUCACUGGCAAAGGGUCUUUCACAAGUGACGCCUAGAUGUUGGCUGGUUGGUUGGUUGACGUGGUUAUUCAUCUGGAAUCGAAGCAGCGUUUCCGCACCUUUUUGUCGCCACAAAUAAAAUGCAAAAUAACGAGCUUCGGAAUCGCAUUUAAUCAUCGUUGCCAGAUGAAGAACAUUCUAUUAGCAAUUGCAAUUCGCAAAUUUUAAUUCGUGUUUAUUUUUACUUUACGAUCAGCUGUUUUGCUCACUUGCAAAUUCUUACAAGUAAAAAUGUAUCCAGUAAAAACUUCAACUUCCCCUAAAAAAAUGUAAUUUUGCUCUCUCACUUUACCCUACUUUGCAAGGUUUUUUGGGUAUAUGAACACCAAAACGUGAUAAUUUGUAACAAUUUCUACAAACCAUUGUCUUCAUGAACAUACCUAUUUAUUAGGUUGUUGGCAUCUAAGCUAGACAGUUGUUCGAGACAUUCUCUCCACCCAUAGGGCAGGGCAUUCACAGAGGAAAUGGAAACACUUUUCAUUUUUCUUCGGUUGAUUACAACUUUUGCAGUUUUUAUUAUAAGGGAAGGAAUGCCCAUUUUGGCAGCUUGCUCUCCUAUAGACCAGAAGCCAGUUAUCACGGCCGUGAGUCUGGUCUCUGAUCCCUUCGUUUCCUAUUUAUCGAUGUUGUCGUUUGUUUGUAAAUUGUUGGUGGACCAGAACGUUCUGCAAAUUUUGCAUGUCGUCUGGUCUCUGCAUCUACACUCCACGGUUCGGAGGUAUUCUUGAUUGCACCCAGUGAUGUGAAUACCGAUUCUGUAAGAGCGUUAUUCAUGGCACAUCUCCCUCUUGCCAGUUCGUUCACUUUUUAGUUACUUUCAAUGUUCCGAUGUCUCGGGACCCAGAUUAAGGUAACUUUAUGGUUUUCACUCAAGGUGGUAAGGCUAUUCGUGCUUUGUUCCACCACCAUAGAAGUUGUAGCCGAAUCCAGUGAAUGGAUUGCAGCUUGGCUAUUCAAAAGAAUAGCGAAAUUUCCCUUAUAAGAGACAUCUGCGAUAGGUUACAAGCUCGCCUAAUUGCCUGUGCUUCCGCCUGGUAUACACUGCAAGCAUUAGCAGGACGUAGAGAUUUUUCGAUUUUUAGUCUAUGAGAAUAUAUACCAGCUGAAACACCACAGUCCAUCUUAGUGCUCUCUAUAUGGACUGUAGUGUCGAAGUUGUUUGGAGAGAAUCCCUCACUCUAUUCCUCCUGAGAUGGAAGGAGAGUCAAAAUUCCUCUUGAAUGCUGCCGUCGGGACGAUAUAAUCAGUCCUCUCCGAGGUGUACUGAGUUUAUCACAAUAAUAGACUGGCAUGGCCAUAUGUUUUUUCCUUCCGCCUAGAUGUCAGUAGUGAAUAAUUCCUAGAUGGUGGAUGAUGUCAUCUUUGACAUUUGACGAGUAGACAGAUGUACAAGUUUACACGGUAGAACAACGCCCUCAAAUGAGUGAAACACUUAUUAUGAAAACCGUAAAAUUCGUAAUUUUUUGGUAGAAAUAAUCGUUCGAAUGAGUCGAUAAUUCAACGGUUGGUGAAAACUGGUUCUGUCGAGUAUAGAAAAACGAUUGGCAGACCAGAUUGGGUUUUUUGAUAAGUAAAGUCUGUGUGAAUAAUCCAACAAUGAUUCCAGAGCUCAAUCACACCAUUCGGAUGGAGAUUGCUGAACUUAAUGCGAUACUGUGGGAACGAGUCCUUGAAAAUUUUAAUUCUCGUAUGAUAGUUUGUAGAUGUGCUCAUGGUGGACAUUUAAAUUAUGUAGUUUUUCGUAUUAAUUGUUAAGAGCCGUAUUUUGAAUAGUGAAACCUAACAUUUGGGCGCGUCUUUUGAAAGAUCCUUUAUAAAGAUUUACUUAAAAAUUCACUAAUUAGAAAAUUUAUCGAACGAAAAAAAAUGUGUUAAGUACUAAUAAUAUUUUCUAAAUAAUAUUUCAUGCAAUACGCAACAUUUUAAUUUUUAGUUUAAUACAUUUAUUAUACAGCGUCCGGCACUCGAAGUGUAACCAACUUCAGACUGCUCGCGCAGCGAUGGAUUGUUUGGACUUGUUUUUGGACUUUUUAACCCUUUUGCGAUAUUGUUGCCAUAUGGCAACAGUAAACUUUAAAAGGCCGUCAACACUUUCUUGUAAAAAAUAUCUACUUUUUUGUUACAUAUUUUCAAAAAUUGAAGUUUAAUGGUUAAACAGAAAUAAAAUAAAUAAUAACUGCCCAUUAUAUAUCGUUAAUACAACAUUUUUAAAGAAAGCCUUCUGACAUAUAGCACUUCACUCUGAAAUUUGUAUUUUGCAUUUUUAGAGUUUUGAGGCAUUUUGGGCAAAUGUUUUCAACAAUUUUUGAAUAAAGUAUAUAGAAAAAUGUUCAAUCUGUCAUUUGGCAUAUAAAUAUUUUUUCGCUCGCAGCUUUAAAAGCUGUGCUAAUUUUUAAAACUAAGCUUGUUGGCAUAUGGCAACAAUUUCUCGUAAGGUGUUAACUUGCAUUAGAUUGCAGAAGAAGUUUAUUUGCGAUUGAAACGAAUACAAAACAUUUGUUGCCAUAUGGCGGCGGCAUAAUUAAACACAAGUAUAGCGUAACUAGCAAAAAAAAAACCUUGAAACUUAUAAAUGUCAAAAUUAAUCAAAUUACCAAUUACUUUCAAGUUUUGCGGAUGUUUUCUAUUUACACAAUUCGAUAUAAAAAAAA